GCCGCUGCCGCCGCGCGUCCGUCUGCGCCCGCUCCUGUCCCGGUACCGGUCGUCGCCCGCGGUGCCGCGCAGUGCCGAGAGCGGACGAGUGGGGUACGCUAGUGUCGCGCGUGUGUCGCCGGGUGUCGCCGAGUGUCGCAGUGUCGCGAGAGCGCGGGGACCUGCGGGUGUUGCAGAGGAGGCCAAAACAGGACCUGAUCCAGCGCCAGUCGACGAAGCGGGUCGGACGCAGUGUUGACCUCUUGGCCGCGCCUGCACUCGACGGCCGCCGGUCAGCUGUCGGCUGUUAGAUCCCCUGGGGAGUGCAGCUGCCAGCGGAGCGGCUUCAGCCGGAACGCCUGCUGACGAGGGCGGCGGCGGCGUGCCGCGCCGGGGUCCGUGACGGUCUACGUGGCCCGCCGUGUGGCCGGCUGACGUAGCGGAACUCAGCCGAGAGUGAUGCGAUGUGUGGUGCCUUGAAGCGGUCUUCAGGCUGGUGUGACACCACCAACUGCUGUUCUCUGGUGAUUUUCUGAACGGACUCCGCUGAAAGGGGACGGUCGCAAGGUUGCCCUGAAAACCUUUGUUGGGAGCCCGCUUAUCUACUCGGCAAGAACCCGUGUGACGUCAUUUGGUGGCGGCAAGACCACUUGUGACGUCAUUGCGCGGCUGUAAAACCACGUGUGACGUCAUUUGGUGACAGCCUGACCCGGGCGCGCUGCGGUUGGUGCGCGGUGCAGUCCAUGCCGAGCUUCGUCCACGGCACGCGACGCGCUCUGGAGCGGGAGCGGUGCCUUUGAUCUGGCGUGUGACCCCUUCGGUGACCCGCACGGGGCGGUCGUGCUGUUCCACGGAUGUGGUGACCUGCCCGUGCGAGGGGAGUCGGCAUUUUGCGACGCGCGUGUCGGAGACAUACCACCCAGCACACGCAAGCCUGAAUAUGCGCUGAAUUGCGCGUACUUCGACCAUCUUAGUUGUCGCCGGCGGAGCGGUGGACACGGGUGGACCGGCUGAGGUGGACGUCUUCGGGCCGUCGCUCUCAGACGAUGGUGGCAACAGACCCAUGAUACCGGCGAUCGUUCGAGUUCUGCUCGACGAGGGCGAGGUCAAGUGCGUGCCCCUGACACCGGAGACGACCGCUCGUGACGUCAUCGAGUGCUGCCGUGAUCCGGACGAGCCGUUCUGCACUCUUAUCCAGGAAACUCGAGACGGCGAGCGGAUCCUGGCCCUGGAUGAACGGCCGCUGCUGCUGAUCCAGGACCAGCAGCGGGCCGGCGAGCGUGUGACCUUUGUGCUGCGGUACGACAUGACCCAGGACGUCAGAGAGGACACCGGGUCGCCAGACGAUGGAAUGAAGGGGCCGCACCCUGCUUCAACUCAGUUACCGGACGGGGUUGAGCUAACACUCUCUGAGCUGCGUGAGAUGGCGGGCCGGCAGCAACAGCAGAUAGACGAACACCAACAGCAGCUGGUGGCCAAGGAACAACGGCUGAAAUACCUCAAACAGCAGGAGAGCCGCCAUCAGGCGAUGAACUCGGAGACGGAGCGGCUGCGGCGGCUGCGCGAGCGGGUGGAAGCGCAGGAGCUGAAGCUGCGCAAGCUGCGCGCCCUGCGCGGCCAGAGCGAGCAGCAACGCGUCAACAACAAUGCCCUGAGCGUUGACUUGGAGAACAUCCGGGCGCUGUUCAACGAGAAGGAGAAGGAGCUGUCGCUGGCGGUGGCGCGGGUGGAGGAGAUGACGCGCCAGCUGGAGGAGGUGCGUCGCGGCCGGGAGCUCAAGCAGGGUCCGCAGGGCGACACCCACCGGGAGCUGGAGAAGCUGCGCCGCGAGCUGAUGUACCGCAACAAGCUGAACGAGCAGCAGCACUCGCAGCUGGCCAGCCAGACGGAGACGCUCGGCCAGCGGCGAGACGAGAUGGCGCGCAUCGACAAACGCAUCGCCGAGCUGCAGCAGCGGCUGCAUCGUAAGCGCGUGCACAACCAGCAGCUGGCGUCGCAGCUGCACGCCGCCAGCGCCGCCAAGCGGCAGGUACGACAAACCAAGACGCUGCCACCGGCGGCGGCGCUGCGCGCGCAGGACGACAUCGGUGAGGCUGCCGAGUUUGGCCUCAACAAGAGCGACCCCAAGUACCAGACGCUGCCGUACAACACCAAGUUCCACGUGAAGGAGGCGGGCGCGCCGGAGCGGCCGGCCGACGAGCCGGAGCCGACGCUGUCGCCGCCCGCCGCCCUGUCUGCCAUCGGCGGCGGGGUGUCGCCGGCGAUUCUGCCGCAGCAGCUGUACAGCCAGCGCGCCCUGUCCGGUCCCGCCGGCUCGCGUGCCCCAGCCGCCGCUGGGACGCUGGAGACGGCGUGGGAGGCGCGGUGUGGGACAGACCGUGGUGGUGCCCGCUCGCAGUCGACGGUGCUCCUGUUACAGACGCAGACGCAGCAGCAGCAGCAGCCGCAGCCGCAGCAGCAGCCGAGGGUGUCGGGCCUGCCCCGGCCGGUGGGCGCCGUCUCCAACUCGUUAUCACGGGUGCACGGCGGCGCGGCGCCGCCCGUGCCCAACAACCUUCACGCGGACUCGGCCGAGGUGAACGGGGACCGACCUCUGCUGCCGCCCAAGCCGGCCUCGGGUCAACCGAUCAAAGGCGCCGCCCCCGGCCGGGUCAACGGCGAGGCGCCGGAGGUCAGCGGCUUGCCCGGCGACGUGACGCAGGUGUCCGUGCGAGGAUCACAGGUCAAGGUCGGCCAGCAGUACCGCUAUGCCAGCCGCAGCCAGAUCACCAGCACGUACACCAACCAACACCGACCAGAGCAGCAGCAGCAACAACAGCAGCAGCAACAGCAGCAACAGCAGCAACAACAACAGCAGCAACAGCAACAACCGGAGCUAGCCGGCGCGUAUCAGCAGCAACAAAAUCAACUGCAACAGUUGCAACUACAGCAACAGCAGCAGUUACAGCAAAAGCAGCAGCAGCAACAACAGCAACACCACCAACACCAGCAGCAACAUCUUCAACAGCAGCAGCAGAAUCUCCAAUCACACCUACAACAUCAACUACAGCAACAUCAUUUACAGCAACAACAGCAACAGCAGCAGCAACAGGAUCAGAGCGGCGCGCAUCAGUCGCAGCGGAAGCCGCAGGAGGCAGAAGACUCGCCUGCGGUGCGCGUCAGCAUCAACAGCCGCAUAGAGAUGCCGCCGUCCUACAUGUUCCCGCAGCUGGCGCCGGAGGCCAGCCCAGGGCGUGCCGCCGACGCCGCCGACAGCGCCCCUGGCGGCGUCGACAAGAACGAGAAUCGGCUGGAUGAGGUGGACCGGGCGCCGGCGGCUGAGCAUCGCCUGACGCGCUUGGCCGAGGAUGUUGCCAUGACAACAGGGAUGCCACAGAAGGAGCCACAGCAGGAGGCGAUGGAGCUGGACGCCAACUGCAACCCGGAGAACGGCAGCAAACUGGAGUCGAGCGUCGACUCGAGCGCCGACAGUCCCGGUUCGGACGGCGACGGGCCGCGGCCGGCCGUCGGGCCGGCGCUCCGCCGCCGCAAGGCGUCUAACCUGAAGGCGCCCGGCUCGGCUGGCAAGGCACACCGGGUCAGCUUCGACCCGCUGGCGCUGCUGCUCGACGCCAGUCUGGAGGGCGAGCUGGAGCUGGUCAAGAAGACGGCAGGCGAGGUGCGUGACCCCUCGGCGUCCAAUGACGAGGGCAUCACGGCCCUGCACAACGCCAUAUGCGCUGGACACUUCGAGAUCGUCAAGUUCCUGGUCGAGUUUGGCUGCGACGUCAACUCCCAGGACAGCGACGGCUGGACGCCGCUCCACUGCGCCGCCUCGUGCAACAACCUGCCGAUGGUACGCUUCCUGGUGGAGCACGGCGCGUGCAUUUUCGCCACGACCCUCUCGGACCACGAGACGGCCGCCGAGAAGUGCGAGGAGGAUGAGGAGGGCUACCACGGUUGCUCCGAGUACCUCUACAGCAUUCAGGAGAAGCUGGGCAUCCUCAACAGUGGCCGGGUGUACGCCGUGUUCGGAUACCAGCCGCAGAACGCCGACGAGCUGGCGCUGGAGGACGGCCAGGCGCUCACCGUGCUGCGCAAGGGCGACGAGGUCGAGCGCGAGUGGUGGUGGACGUCGGCCGGCGAGCCGCCGCGCGAAGGCUACAUUCCCAGGAACUUGCUCGGGCUGUAUCCACGCGUGAAACCGAAGAACCAGAGCGAGGUGCCGUGAAGCGAAGGACGCUCCAGACACUAGUGCCAUCUGUGAGCUAGUACAAAGGUUUGAGUGUAAUGGAUAACCGCCAGGGUGACAUAUCGGCCGACCUCUGUGACAAGAUUGUGCCUUACCAACGGAUAUCAGGCACACGACUGCUGCAUUGUCCAGAUUGAAUAGGAAAUCUCGCUUUUUACUGAGUUGGUUUGUCCGCUAGGCCCACCUAACCGAUUCUGUAUACACGCCGUGUGCGUAGUUCCAGCAUUUAUUACGUAUAGGGCUGUAUCCCGGUGGCCGCGAGUCACCAUUCUAUGCGCUCGCGCGCGUGCAUUUGCGCGGUGGGCGCCUGUUACUCUGAAGACUGCUUGUUACAGCGCGCAUGAGGGUGGGCGGCGCGGCCGCGGCGCAGUGUGAUACAGAGCGAGGCGCGGCGCGCGCGCGGACGCCGCGUCUCCGUACAACGGCCGCGUCUCGCGCAGUGCUGUGGGCUCGGCCCGUCUAGUAUUAUGUAAAUAUACACCGACAUGUCACUGGA